GCCUGCUCAUUCCUCCUGCUGCGGCGUUUGAGCAAUUCGCGCCCUCCACUGGUUUAGGUCCGAGUGCACGUGAGGACGCAGGUGCCUGGAAGGUGGAGAGGGACUGUGGAGACGCCCUCUGAUGAGCCCCAAAGAUUGAACCUGCAGACCAAGCGCAAAGUAGAAACUGAAAGUACGCUGCCGGCAGAUCCUACGGAAGUUAUGGGAAAGGCAAAGCACAGAGCCGGGCCCUGGUGUGUGCCGCCCCCCUCGGGAUGGAUGAAACAGCAGACGCGCCGUGGUUGAGAAGAGCCAGCUGCAGAGCCCGCCCUCCCCAGCACAGACACCAGACAACACGCAGACCAGGGUCCUGGGACUGACUAUGGGCGGUGAGAGCUUGCUCCUGCUGCAGUUGCGGUCAUCAUGACCACGCCCGGCUCCUGCAGACCAUGGUCCAUGUUUCUUUUAGGUAUAUCUUUGGAAUUCCUCCUCUGAUCCUUGUUCUGUUGCCAGUAGCAUCAUCUGACUGUGAUAUCGGAGGUAAAGACGGUGAAGAAUAUGAGAGUGUUAUAAUGGUCAGCAUCAAUUACUUGGAUAACAUGUUAGAAACUGAUAGCAGUUGCCUGAAUAAUGAAUCUAACUUUUUUAAAAAACAUUCAUGUGAUGAUAAUAAGGAAGCUGUGUUUCUAAAUCGUGCUGCUCACAGGUUGAAUAAAUUUAAGAUGAAUAUCAGCGAGGAUUUCAAUAUCCAUUUAUUAAAAGUUUCACGUGGCACAUUGACACUGUUGUUGAAGUGCAAAAGCAAGGUUAAAGAAAGAAAACUAAUUUCCUCAGGUGAAGCCCAGCCCACUAAGAAUUUGGAAGAAAACAGACAAAAAUGUCUUCUAAAGAUAUUACUACAAAAGAUAAAAACUUGUUGGAAUAAGAUUUUGAAGGAGCAUGCAGGAACACACAGAUAAAGUGAGUGGCAAUAAACAAGCAUGGACUUACAUUGCAUCCUCCAAGAAUAUCUGCUCUUGAAAUGUGGGUGGGAGGUGAGAAUGCCUCUCGGAAUUUACUAGAUGCAUUUUGGUGACAAUGGAUGACAGCGAUUGAAAACCUCAGACUGUAAUACUGGAAGACGGACGUAAAGAAAGGACACUGAAUGAUGCAAACAACAAACUGUCAUCUGUAUGCAGACAUGUACCCAUUGUUAUCUGUGCUGAUUUUCACAAGACAAUACGCUUAACGUAUAAGUUGCUAUGAUACUUAAACAUGCAUAACAUUUUCAGGGAAGACAUCAAAUCUGUCAAGUGUAUUAAGGUACAAGGACUAGAUAAUAACAUUACUUUAAAAUCAAAAAAAUGUUGUUUGGUCCACUGUGCAUUUGUAUAAUGGAAUUAAGGGUGGCAAUUGUUAUCUUUCCUGCUGAAAAUGUUCUGGAGUUUAUUAAAGUGAGAUAUGGAUAAUGCUCUUGAGAACAGAAGUCAUAUACCUUAAAAGAAGUAGCAGCAUAAACGAGUGAGUUCAAGAUAUUUGAAAGAGAUAGCAAGAGAUGUAGGUAAGCAUGAAUGUAUUGACUCAGUACCUUCAGUAAAUGAUAUAGCAGUGUAUUAAUAUAAAGAAUAAUCUCACAAAAUAAAAAAAUUGCCUGUUCUGAGGAUGUUCAGCCAUAGUCCUGCACUACUUUUGUCAGCUGUGUGUAAUAAAACGUGUCUAAAUGAG